AUGAGGGCAGAAAUGCCUAUUGUCAAUUAUCAACGAACUGAUGUUCGACCACUGUUGAAAUUGACAGACAGACUUUUCAACUUGGGUUUCUUCGCUUCAUACUUGACUGCACCGCAAUUGGUCGUAUUAGAGAGUUUACUCUCCAUCGCAGAUCAAUCGACCAAAUUACGUGUCUGGAAAGAAUUAAUGAACGGUAAUGUGGUGCUCGAUGUAGUCAAGAGCAUCGACCCAACAGAGCAAAACUCCGAAGCCAAUGAGAGCGCAGUUCCAGAAGCAACAGAUAGCAUGAGAGAGGACAACACAGAUAACGUCAAAGAGCUCAGUCAAAAUGGUAACGACGACGCUGAUGACGGCGAUCGCAGUAAAGAGCAAGAAGAUGAGGACCUUUCUCAAUUAGACCUUGAAGAUUUCAAACAGCAAAUAACUGGUGCAGAUUUUAUCCAAAACCUUUCCUUAAAGCUACGUUACGUAAUCUGGCAAUGCGCCCUCGAUUACAUGUACAAGGAUGAGAGAGAUGAUCUAAAUGGAGAGACGGAUGAUUCCUUUGGUUAUAUCCUGCUGGAGGAAGAAGUUCAAGAGGAGGAGUUGGAAAAGGAUGACGAAAAGAUAGACCUUGAGAAAGAUAGAAAUGAAGAAGAUGACUAUGACGAGGAUGAUGACUACGACGAAGAAGGGCCAAAAAAGGCACCAACUAACGAGGAACAAAACGCUAGUAGUAUAGAGGUGAAAGAGAACAGUGAUAAUCUCCUGACAAUAAUUUUAACAGUCUCGAAGGUCACCUUAUCAAGGCUGCGAAGUAAUAAUAAUGAAGAAAUUCUGAAAAAUAGCAACAGGAUAUACCAUAAUUUCGAACAUGAUAGGGAAAACAUGUUGAAAAGAUUAAGGCUAGAAGAAAAUGAUAAGCUCCUAGAUGGGACUAGAAAUAAAGAGGACAUGGAGACUUGGAUGGGCCUAUUGAUGAAGCUAAAGACGAGGAUUUGGUAUCGAAGAAUGGAGAAAAUGGCUCACAAAAGUCAAAUGACGACCGAGAGUAUGAUAGGCCUACCGAGGGAAACGGCCAAACAUGAUCCAAUGGGCCUUCCGGUUAAUUUAGGUGCAGCCAAUUUAUCUUUGAAGCAUCUUUUGGCAUCUAUUCAAGAGAAUAAAUCAAGUCUUCAGAUUUCUGACUAUGAGUUGAAACAUCUUAUCAUGGAUGUUAGGAAAAAUAGAUCGAAAUGGGCAUCUGACGACAAGAUAGGGCAAGAAGAACUUUAUGAGGCUUGUGAAAAGGUUGUGUUGGAGCUGAGAAAUUACACAGAACAUUCCACUCCUUUUCUAAACAAAGUUAGUAAGAGGGAGGCUCCAAACUAUCAUCUCAUUAUCAAAAAGUCGAUGGAUUUAAAUACCGUCCUCAAGAAGUUGAAAACCUUUCAAUAUGAAUCAAAACAGUCAUUUGUCGAUGAUGUCAUGCUCAUCUGGAAGAAUUGUUUACUUUACAAUUCGGAUCCGUCACACUUCUUGAGAGGUCAUGCAAUCGCUAUGCAGAAGAAAUCAAUGCAAUUGAUACCUUUGAUUCCAGACAUAGUCAUAAGAAAUCGUGCCGAUCUUGAGAAAGAACUCGAGGAAGUGGAUAAAGAUAGAGAUUAUGAUGAGGAAGAGGAAGAAGUUGCCGGGUCUGGCAGGAAAGGACUCAAUAUGGGAGCUCAUAAACCUGCAAAGGUUGCUCAUGACCGCGAAAAUAUGGAUGAAGCUGCUGGACAGACGACCGAUGAUCAUACUGCUGUUGACAUUGGCGCUGACAAGACAAAGACUCCACAAAAGGCCCCUCCUGCUGAGCAGGUAAAGCAAGAAGAAGCUAAUGCUCCUGCCGCUGAAAAAAAGCCUAACGGCGAAGAAGGUUCUCGCGAAAGUGCUCAUGGUGCAAAUGGGGAAGUUGUGACAAACGAAGAAAGCCAGUCGAUUCAGAACACUCUAGAGGAAGAUGAAGACGAAGAUGAAGAGAUGGCAGAAUCUCACUCAUUCUUUAAUGAAAAAGAUGACGACAGAGACGAUGUCGAAAUCGCAGUCUGGAAGUCUGUCACCGCCAAAGUACGUGCUGAAAUUUGUCUGAAAAGGUCACAAUAUUUUGAAAAUGGAAUACUGAAUACUGAUUCAAAGGCAUUUCUAAAGGACGCUUAUAGAAUGAAGACUUUUGAGCAACUUUAUACAGAAUACAGCGACCAGAAAGAGAUUGAAAUACAAAGGAAACAAUUAGAGAAAGAAUCGAUAAUGAAGAACGGCUUCCACACUGCAGUUAAGCAAGAGGAGGAUGAUCAGGUUUCAUUCAAUGCUGAUAAUACGGUCGAAAACCCCGAUCCUUUCGAGAAAGAUUCAAAUGACAUCGAAGUCGAUAGUACGUUGUUUUUGACAGAGUACGAUAGCGUUAAUGGCCUUCCUGCUACAGCAUAUCAGGGAACUGAUGCCAGAAUUCUUGACAUGGAGGAAGAUGCCUGUGUAAAAAGGAUGCUUGAGGAAGGCGAGUCGAAACCAAGUCCCUUCUUAGCAAACUGCAAUAAAGGAAUGACGCCCAUGAUUAACAAGAACGUUGGUCUGAUACAACAUAUCAGGCACAUAUGUCACAAGAUUUCGGUCAUUAGGCUCUUACAGAGCCCAGCUGCUAAUCAAAAUGCUAGAGCAAACCCCAAUCAAUUGAUCAAUACACACCAGUAUAAAUUCGAGACCAUAGAUGACUCUUUAGAUAUUGAUCCAGUGUCUCAACUGCCGACUCGUGAUUCAAAAAGCAAUAGGCAGCUAAUGUGGAGAAUCAUGCAUAGAAAUGUCUCAAAAGUUACAAUGUCAAACGGCUUCGAGACUGCUCAGCCAUCUGCCAUUAACAUAUUGACGGAAAUUGCCAGCGAUUAUUUAUCCAAUUUGGUGAAAAGUGUCAAGAUGCAUCACGAAAGUAAUUCUUUGAGUACAACAAACUCGAAGGAAAUUUUGCAAAUGAGUCUCCUUGAAAAUGGUAUCAGCAGGCCUGAUGAUUUAUUUGUUUAUUAUGAGGCUGAAUUCACAAAGAAAACAAAGAAAUUAUUAGACAUCAAGUCUAAGCUGGAGGGGUUCCUAAAAGACCUUUUAAGACCAACACUACAAGAGCUCAAUGAGCGGAACUUCGAAGAUGAAAGUCAAAGUUUCUUGACAGGAGAUUUCGCUACCGAAAUUACGGGUGAGGACUUUUUCGGAUUCAAAGAGCUUGGUUUGGAGAAAGAAUUUGGGGUGUUAAGUUCGUCAGUACCGAUUCAAUUGCUCACUUUUCAGUCACAAGCGAGUGAUGGGGAAACAGAGGUACAAGUUAAGAAGGUUCAGCCAGAAGAAUUCAGCAAUGUUCCUUACUCGAAGUUGACCAGAGAGGAACUCACAACACAAGCACACUGGGCAACUCUGGUACCUUUACUUGAGAAAGCCUGGCAGAGGUCCAAGAGUUAUCGCCAAAGAUUAGCGAAGAGUUCAUCAUCGGGGGAUCAGACGGCGAUCGAUGAGAUGGAGAAGAAAGGCACGGAGUUGUUACUUGAAGAUGACGAAAUGACAUACAAGGCAAAAUCAGGCAAGCCACGUCUUCCACCUACUGGUAAAAUUAGUACCACAUACAAAAAGAAGUCAUUAGCAGAUGCGUUUAUCCUUCCUGAGGAAGAUGAAGCGAAUAAUGUCGCAGGCCAAACGGCAACAGACAAUUUCGGAGACACUCCUGUCCAACCUGCCGCCGGCGGAGAAGAGACUUCUUCCAUUGAUGCAUCUUACAAACAAAGUAUGCCAGAAAUGGAGGAUUUUUUCUCAUCAGUUUGA